UGGUUUCUAUUAGUGUGUGGCUUAUUAGCCUUAAUUCUCCUUUUAAAAAACAUAUGCAGGCCCCAUACUUUUUACAUAUGCAACAUAGCCUUCUGUUACCAAGUACUUUUCAUAAUAGAGGGAAAAGCGAAAAUCAUUUUGUAUCCGAACCGCUACUUUCAGUGGCUUAAGUGACAGAUGGUCUAUUUAUAGCCGCCAAAAGGGUAGUAUAGUAAUUUGGAAGAGGGGUCAUUUGAAAUUGUUACUUUUACUCUUCAAGCAUUUCGCUUUGUCUGGCUCAGCAGGAUGGGUUUUCUAAUUGUUUUCUUAACACCCCAAAAUUAAGUGAAAACUUUAAAAAAAGGUUUAGUCUUUUUCUGCUAUUUCUCACAAAUUGAAUAGGGGCAUGCUCUUCUGAGCUUGAGUCUAACUUAUCCUCUGACUCAAUUAAAAUAAUGAGUAGCUUUCUUUUCUCCACAGUGAAACCCCUGUCAGGAACUGGAGGAAUUAGAGGACAGAUGUGAGACAUCGUUAAGAAGGUCUAAGAAGCCAAUCACAACAUGACUUUGGAUAGCCCAUUGAUUAAAGUCUGACUUUAAUAAAUUGUGAUGGGGGAAAAAAGAAAAAGGCAAUGCCAAUUACAAUUAGCAAUAUGAGAGGUCUGCAAGUCAUGAAACGGAUUCUUCUAGUGAUUUUCCUGGCUGCUGCAGUUAUGUAUGUUAUACUUCACGUCAAUCUGUGGAAGACAAAUUUUUAUGCGAUACAAAGACAUAAAGACCAAGACGGAUGGACCAUUGAUCUGACCCGGCAUCCGUACACCCAUCUCCCACUUAUGAUCAAGCAUGAACCACAAACAAGGGGAAGACAGGCAGAAGAGCAGCCAUUUUUCCUGCCAGACCUAAACCGGCUGCCUCAUACGGCUGUAGAAAGAAAAACUGUACUAGAAACUUGUCCAGUGAUGCCACCAUUUUUAUCUUUAUUGAAAUUUCAGAAAAUAUAUCCAUUCCUGUGUGCUAAUGACUUCAUGAAAGUAGCACAGUUCUAUGGAAGUGAUAAGAUUGAGUUACCUUAUGGAAUGAAGAGAACAGAGAUUUAUUUUCACCGAAGCCUUUCAAGAGUACCAAAUUGUGGACUAUUCAAUGAAGAUGAGGGCAUGUCCUGUAGAAGGUGUGUAGUUGUUGGCAAUGGAGGAGUACUUCGAAACAAGACGCUAGGGGAGAAAAUUGACUCCUAUGAUGUGGUGAUAAGAAUGAAUGAUGGUCCCAUUAUAGGGUAUGAAGAGGAUGUUGGGAGGAGAACAACUUUCCGACUUUUUUAUCCAGAGUCUGUUUUUUCAGAUCCAAUUCACUAUGAUCCUGACACUACUGUGGUUCUUUUGGCUUUCAAACCACAUGACUUAAAAUGGCUCUGUGAUAUAUUAAUUGGUCAGAAAAUAAACACUAAUAGUUUCUGGAAGAAACCGGCAUUGAAAAUGAUAUAUAAACCUAAUCAAAUCAGGAUACUUGAUCCGAUCAUCGUUAGAAAAACUGCAUAUGAAUGGCUUCGUUUCCCAACUAAGUUUCCCAGAAAAGAAAAACCCAAACAUCCUACAACAGGGCUAAUUGCCAUCAUGCUGGCAUUUCACAUAUGUAGUGAAGUUCACCUGGCAGGAUUUAAGUACAGCUUUGCUGACCGAAACAGUUCUUUGCACUAUUAUGGCAAUGAGACCAUGUCUCAGAUGAUUGAGAAUGAAUACCACAACAUCACUGCUGAGCAGAAGUUUUUGAAGAAGCUUAUAGAUCAGAACUUUGUGGUCAGCUUGACGUGAGACUGAAUAGACAAUGGACCAAUUAUCAUUAUUUUCAACGAGAUAGAUUUUAUUUUUUGUACUGUAUUUUUUAUUUUUUAAGUGCCAUAUCUGUUUAAUGAGAGAUUUAAAAGAAACCCCAAUGAAGGAGUGCCAUUUUCUCAGACUUAUGAUGGUGUGCCAGGAGAUAGCGACAACAACUCGAGGGAACUUAUUUCUGUGAAACUAUUUAAUUAUGAAAAAUACAACCUUCAACUAAAAAUAUCAGGGAUAUAGAAAAAAUAUGAUGCACAUCAUUUAUUUAUCAAGGCAUUUUUCAAGCAACUGGUUUCUUUCCUGUAUCUUCCUUUCCUGUUUCAUUAUUCUUAAGAGCUAGAUGUUGCUCAGAGAUGUGGAUGGCCAUAAGGCUAUAAUUGAUAAAGAGAUACAAAGUCUUUCACCUCUCUGUUCUGGUUUGAAAACAAUUUUGAAAAGUGUAUCUGAAAAUUAUUACUAUCUGAAGGGUGUCUACUGGCUGUGCAGUAUAUAAAAUGCAUUUUUAGUUUCUGUCUACCUCUUGGAGGGCAGAUGUCCACAGCAUAGAAAAUAACCUUCAUAAUUCACUGUUUUAUACUUUCUUGUUGUGUAUCUCAACAAAGAAGCUGCAGACUGAACUGCCCAUGCACUCUUGUACAUAGCAUGUAUUCACCUGGGUUGGAGACCCACUGGUAGAACAGUGUGGGGAAAUCUGGAUUGAUUCUGCUAAUUUAUGGAUAAAUUGUUCUUAAUGCUGUCAGUUUGAUGUCUUUCACAAGCACGUGAAUUCACUUUUAAGAGAAAAGCACAAACUCCUUUUAAACUGUGGAAUUAUAGAAGAGUUUUUAAAUAUUUGAGUUGUCUUGGCACCACUAUGUAUUUACCACUUUCAGAUGGAUCCACAACCAGAACAUCCCAAUGAAUAUGAACUAGAAUCUUGCGUGUGUUAAUUAAAAUAUCUUUCAAACAAAACAUCUUUGAUGCAUAGAUUUCCCCCUCCACAUACACACAUACACUCCAGAUGCCCUGGUAUUAUUUUUUCUCUAAGGCUAUGUCUACACUACGUGUUUUGUCGGAAAAGGCAAUGCAAAUGAAGUGCUAAUUAACAUUUU